AUGGAGUGGAAACCAUGUUUAGCCAGUCGUCUAAGAGAAUCGGCGGUUAAAUCCAGUUGUGCAUCCAAUACUGUACUAUUGUCGGGACUAAUGGUUUGUGUCAUAAGCGGUGCUUUGCUUUAUGUCGUGAAACGAAAAAGAAGACGGAAUUAUGUAAAGGCGGCUAAAAUUAUUAAACUAAUUGUAUAUCCGGUUAAAUCUCUUCCGGGCAUUGAAGUGGACGAAGCAAUUAUCACCAAAUUUGGACUCCAAUCCGGAAAAUUUAGGGAUAGGAUGUGGCUGUUAAUCAACGACGAGAAUCGCUUUGUAACUCAAAGGACUGAAGAAUCGUUGGCUCUUUUGAGGCAAAAGUUUGGGGACAAACGACAGAAGGAGUCUAUUGUGGAAAAGAAGCUGAAGAUUGGGAUUAAACUCAUUCAACACAUGGCCAACAAUAAAAUGAGACCGAGUUCUGCCGAACGCAACGACCGAGUGAUUGAAUUAAAACAAUAUCCGAUUGCUUUUCACGACGGAUCGGCAGUUCUAGUUAUUAAUCAAAAUUCAAUCAACGAUUUAAAUGCAAAACUUCCAAAUGAAACAAAAGUCAGUUAUAGAAACUUUAGGCCUAAUAUAUUGAUUACUGGUUGCGAUGCUUUCGCUGAAGACUAUUGGAAAUACGCUAAGAUUAGAGAUAUUGAGUUCACAUUCUUGAAAGCGUGUGACAGAUGUGUCUUCACUACAAUCAAUCCCGACACUGGAGUUAAGAUGGCAGCCGAACCUCUUUCCACUCUAAGAACGUACCGCUUGUCCAGAGAAGAAAUGAGAAAAUUUUACGGAACCGCUCCUCUAUUUGGCAUUAAUUUGGGUCCAGAAAGUGAAGGUGUAAUCCAUUGCCGGGAUAUUAUUAGUGCCGUUUCAUCUCAAGUAUAAUUAUAUUAUUUUUAAUUAAUUUACUGAAAAUAGAUUAAUUAUUAAUUGUUUACAAAUUCUUGGUUAUACAGUAGUCAC